AUGGCCAAAAAAGACGUGGCUGCUAAAAAAGCCAGCGCUGCGUUCGCUGCUCGUCCCGAUUUGGACGCCGCAACCGCCAGAAAACCCGUCAAGUCAUCGUCUCCGAUCUCCAAAAGCAUCAACGAUGUGGUGGCCGCCGUUAACACCACUUAUACCAAUUAUCUCAAGGCAUUGACUCCGCGGUUGAAAUUGAUCGACUCCUUCUUGGUGUUCUUGGUUGCCUUGGGUGUCUUGCAGUUUGUCUACGUGUUGUUGGUGGGUAACUUUCCAUUCAACGCAUUCUUGGGAGGAUUCAUCUCAUGUGUUGGCCAGUUCGUCUUAACAGUGAGUUUGAGAAUGCAAUAUGCACUUGCAACGCAGUCAGAGGAGUCAAAGGGGGAGGACUCGCCAUUUCCAACCAUCACACCGGAGCGGGCUCUUGGCGACUUUGUCUUUGCCAGUUUAGUGUUACACUUCAUCGUGUUCCAUUUCAUCAACUAA